CUCGCAAGUUGCCAACGACAGCCAGCGUCACCAAAUCUAGCGCACAGAUAGUCAAGUUGGUGUUCCACCAUGAGUGGCUAUCAGCAACAUCAGCAGUCUGGAUACGCUCCGCCGCCGUUUGCGCCGCAGGCAUCGGCUGCUCCGCCACCAACCAAUCCGUACGCAGGCUCGAUGCCCGCGGCGACGCCAUCGCCAUCGCCGUCCCCGCCGCCGGGUAGUAUGGGUGGGUAUGGCGGAUCGCCUGCGCCUGUGCAUGCAGGAUAUGGUGCGCCUCCAGUGGGAGGAUAUGGAACACCGCCAGCGGUCGGAUAUGGGGCGCCGACGGCUGCGCCCGGGGCGAAUGUAGCGCGGGCGGGAGGUUACGGCGGGCAUGGAGUGCAGGGAGGCGGAUAUGGGGCGACCGGGCAGGCGGGGUACGGCAACCCGUAUGUGGCCCCGCAGUUGCAGGCCCGGGCGGCGCAAGGAGGAGGGCCGACGCCGGGCCAUGGCGGGUUUAUGGUGGAUCUGCUGAGCGCGCCAUGUGCCGAGCCGCUGACCUGCUGCUGCUCGAUGCCGUUUCCGUGCGUGGCGGCACACGACCAUCGACUGCGGCUGCUGGACCAUGACGUGUCGCGGUACAAGUGUUGUAACGACCGGUACUCGCGGUGCACUUCGUGUCUCGACGACUGUACGCGCGGCAACGAGGAAUGCUGCCUGUGGCUGGAGGCGAUCUGCUGCCACGAGUGCGCCAUCUACACAAACCGUGCGAUGAUCCAGGAGCGGUUUGGGGUGCGCGAUAGUGACUGCGACCAGUGCCUGCAGGGCUGCGUGGUGUUCUGCCAGUUCCUCGAGUGCCUGCUGCGGUGUGCGGGCCACGAGGACCCGAAUCUGCGCCAGCUUGUGGACCUCAUUGUCUGCGCCAUGUACUCGUGCAUGAACGCGCAGCACGAGCACGAGCUCAACGGGCGGCUGGGCCCAAGCAAGGCGCCGCCACUCCUGGGCGAGAUGGCGCGGUAGUAGACUUUUAGUGGAAGACAAUACAUGGCAGACUACGAGA